AUGAGUUUGACUCUUUACAAGACCACGAGGACAGCCAACCUUGUAGGUCCAGACAUUCGGACAGUGACAGCGAGCCAGCAGCACGGACAGGGACGAGCUUACGCCUGCUCGACACACGGCUCCAAGCCUCCUCCGGUAGCCACGAAGCCAGCCCCGCCGACAAGUUGGAUCAUGUACAAGACGGCGUCAGCCUACCGCCUCGCCGGAAUAAGAGACGUUCAGAAGAGGACGGCGAGCCCAAAGCAGAGGAAAAGGCCAGACUUCGUUUUUGGAACCAGGGUCCGCCCCGAGGCGACCGGGGAGACUGCUUUCGGGGCUAUCGUGUGCGAGGAAGAAAGCGCUGGGCCCGACACACGGCUUCGACCCGAUGAACAUGAUAUUUCUGGACACGGUGGCUCUGUUAACGGAAUUGAGUCUCAGCCAGACGCAGACAACCACGAGUCUCUGCCAUCCGGUGAUGAUCGAAAUGGACAUGCUGACACAGAUGAUGACGAGGAGGGUGUUCUCAAUAAGUAUAGCAAGGAAGAGUACGACCUCUAGACGAGGAGAGUGUUCCAUUAAAGCAGAGUGAGGAAGAAUACGACCUCUAUGGGGACCAUGACGGUCCCGAACCCACCAAUGACGACGCAUCGAGCAACCAGACACUUCUCACUCUCCCGGCAUCCGAUCAGAGGCGGGAUCCAUCACUGGUCCUCCCCGAGGGGGAAUCGAACUGAGGGCCUCUUUGGGAUGCUUCUCCUCCC